AUGAAGAUGAUGCUCAAUGAAGACCCUCCAUUCGACGAUGAAUUUCACAAGUUUCUCAAUUUUGGAAAAAAAUUAGGGUUGAGUUUCGCUUUCGUACCUGCAAAUAACACUGCUCCUCAUGAUCAUCGUGAUGUUGUUUCUAUUCAACAACCUUGUAAUAAUCAACAAGACAAAGAUGAGAUGAUCGAAAAGUUCAAACAUGGAUCGCUUCAUCUUCUCGUAUCAACCAAUCUUCGCGAUCAAAUUCAACCUAAUUUAAUCGACUCUACGGAUUGCGCAUUGGUAUCAGAGUAUGAAAGGAUACAAAGGUGCAAUGACUUGGCAUUCAAUGAAACAAACCAGUUUUGGGAUUCCGAUAACGAGACUUUUCUCAAGUUUAUAAUCGCCAAAAAGAUUCAACAAAUUGUAUUUUUCAAACAGUCCAUCAAAGCAAAAGCCGAUGAAUUGAUCUAUAUUCUCAACAAAUCUCUGCGUCCCAGAUCCAUCAUUAACUUGCUAUUCGCGAAGCAAAUUCUGGCUUUCUGCGAAAAGAGGUUGAGCUUCUACGACGGGUUUGCUCCAAUAUAUGCCCAGGUCAUUGUUCUUGUGACUUCAAAACUCCCUCACUCAAUGGACUUCUUUAUAGCUGAGUUAAACAGGCUGUGCAUCUACACUGUCCCAAAACACAGAAACUACUUAGAGUUUGCAUUCGAGUCGAAAGAGGCAUUUUAUCGAACAGUUGGGUACAGAGAACAAGAUGGGAAGAUUGAAAGCGAUGUCAGUUACUUAGAACGGUUGGCAAAUUAUAUGAGACUAUACGGGGCGCUGGUCCAGACAGAGGUCGAGGGGGCGGAGAAUUGGCAUGGGAUAAUGCACGGGUGGGCGUGGCUGGUGAGGUUCUUGAUGGGGCUUCCUGCCAAUGUGUAUACUGCUGUGGCGCUCGAGGCGUUUCUGAGCAUGGCAGGUUAUAAGCUUCACAACAAGUACAAAAUUCACUUCAUAAGGAUGAUGAGUAUUGUGUCUGAGCAGUUUUUGGAGGAGCUGAAAAGAGAGGGGGAUCAGAAGGCGGUGGCAGUGCUCGCGAGGAUUCAGAAAUAUAUUGAAGGUAGGGAGUUUUUGCAAGAACCAGAAGGGUGCAGGGCAACUUAUUAUGGCUGA